AUCAUGCAGUUCAUGCAGUGAGCUUCGAUUGAAAACUUCCAUGGUGUAAACAAAUGGCCUUCGCCCUGCCGGUGUGGCUGGCGGUCCAGGAUGAGCUCCUGGGGCAUAGCGAAGUGGACAGCGGGGCUCCGUGCUGUUUCGACGAGUUCGACGACGAAGCUUUGUUCCAGGUUUUCCACCUCACCAGACCCUGCAUCGCUUUCAUCGCAGACUCUGUACGCACCCGCAUGAGGGAAGUCGCUUUAAAGAAACCCGCGCAGUCAGUGGACGCGAUGGUCAUGGUGGCCCUGAACUAUUACGCACACGGACUCUCCUCCGCUGACGUCCAGCAGAGAGUCGGGCUGAGGCAGACCGAGUGCCCCGCGGUCAUCAGCACCGUGUCCGGGGUCAUCGCGGGGAUGUCCGAUCAAUUCAUCUCAUUCCCACAAAUGGAGGAAGCCAAAGCCAGUGUCGCCUUCACCACAGAGAAAUUAUGCGGGAUCCCCAACGUGCUCGGCGUCCUGGCUCCUGCUCACUUUAAGAUCAGAGCUUCUCCCUAUGAGAAGGACUCUUUCAGGUCUUUUGUCAACACUCUGGGUUACACCUCUGUGGUGAGCCAGAUGAUUUGCGACUCCGACGGCAACAUACUGAGUGUUGAAAAGUGCUGUGUGGGUAGCACGUUUGAGCAGGAAAUGUGGGAGUCAUCGUUCAAAGGAAGGGAGAUGGAGGAGGAACAGCACGGAUCAUACUGGGUUAUUGGUGGAAAAGGUUACCACCUGAGCAAACAUGUCUUGACUCCUGUGUCAGAUCCCACAAAUGUCAAGGAGACCCGCUUCAACGCGGCCCACGCAAAGAUCCACAACGUCAUGCGGACAACGCUCGGCUCCAUGAAGAGGCGUUUCAGGUGUUUGAUGCAACUUGGUUUUGCACAAGAAGGCUCUUUGAACAAAAAGUCCAACAUUAUCAAGGCCUGCUGCGUCCUGCACAACAUUGCUCAGAAGUUCUCCGUCCCUCCCCCGCCUGCAACUGGCAAAAUUGAGCGUCUGCUUCCAGGCAAGCAGCAUUUAGUGGCAGUAGAAAUCAACCCCGAGGCCCUAAAAGCCAGACAAGAACUCAUCGAUAAUCACUUCUCUGUUGACUCCAGAAGCGAGGAUGCACUGAGUACACGCGUCACAGAAGAGAAGGUGUGAGCAGAGUGGUCGUGUUUGCUCUGAGAAGCAAAGAGGAUCAUUGACAUACUGAUAGUUAAGAACAAACACCGGAACCGAAACCCAUCUUAUAAUGAUUUAUAGAUUAAUACACAGUUUGGAGCGAGUUGCUGUUCUGUGACAGUUUGACACCAACAUGUAAAUGUGACAGCGUACUGGGUUUUUCAUGUCGUUUGCAGACUUUUUAAAAACUUUUCCAGGUAUUUUUGUUAAUAAAAAUAUUUUAUUUCUUGCACAAAUAGAAACUCAUUCUUUUCUGUCUUUUUCUCAUGUUUCUGAACAUGAGAAUUUGAAAACAUUCUUCAGUCAUCUGGACUUUUUGUUCCCUCACAUAAUAAUAAUGAUGAUAAUAAUAUACAUUUGGUAAAUGAGAGGAACAAAAAUUCAAGUUAAAUAAAAUAUCAAGUGUGCUGUGCAGUAAAUAAAAACUUGUGUUUUUCAUAUUUACAGUUUCCAACAAAAUAUAGUUUGUAGACUUUAGAAGUUUUUUUCUUUAGUAGUUUUUAAGUGCACAAAAGACUGACUACAGGGCUGACAAUCUCAUUUCGUUUAGGCAGUUUGGUGAAACUCUCGGAGUGCAGUGGCAUUGGCAUAUAUCAUGUCUGCAUUCUCAUAUAUGUUCUCUUCUGUCUUCUCAUUUGCCUUCAGACAGUCCAUGAUGCACUGGUGCAAGAAAACAUACUGGGAC